UUCCAUAUAUUAAGAAAUUUGAAAAUAAUUAUGAAGAAAUUUCUCAACACAUUUUGAAUAAAAAAAGAGAAGAUUUAAAUUUUGAUUACAAACAUUCAAGUGAUAUUCAACAAUGUUUCAAAGAAAUAAUUUCAACUGCCUGGAAACAUGAACCUGGUGAACGUUUAAAACUACCAGAUAUUUUAACUAAAUUGGAAACUUUAUACAAUAAAUAUUAUGUAUCUUGUGAAGAAUCAUCAACAGAGGCUAUAUCAAAAAAUUCUAUACCUUUGGAACAAGAAUGUGUUGAAUAUUUUGAAAUGGCUGCUAUGAAUGGAAUUCCAGCUGCUAUGUUUGACCUAGGAAGGAUUUAUUAUAAUGGUAGAUACAAUGUUGAAGUAGAUAAAGACCGAGCAAUAUCUUAUUUUAAAGAAGCUGCAAAAAAUGGUAUUGCUGAUGCAAAAAAAAUACUUGAAAAGAUAAACAGACCUGCAAAAUCGAUUGAAAAUGCAAAUAAGUAUAGUGAUAAAAUCGAAAAUCUUGAAAAAAGAUAUAAAAGAGCUUUGGGGGAUUUAGAUUUUACAAUCAAUAUAGAAAAUUACAAGUCAAUUGAAAAUUUAGGCAAUCAAGUACAAGAUUUGAAUGAUACAGUUCGAAAGAAGUCUGAAUUAAUUUUAAAAACUGUUGAAGAUGGAUUUUAA